UGUAAACACUCGUAAUAUUGCUUAUGCCCAUUAUCACGGAAAGCCCAAUAGUAAAAACCAGUCAAGGAGUUUUUUUUUAUUACGUUCACGAUUUUUACCGUUCUUCCUGAUAGCUGAGGAUCUUUUUUAAAUUUCGAUGGAAGUCCUUGUUCUUUUUAAUUACGACGGCCAAGCAGAUGAUGAACUCACAAUAAGGAAAGGAGAUGUUAUACUGGACGUAAAGAAGCUUGAAGGAGGCUGGUGGGAAGGAUUACUUGGUUCCAAACGAGGGCUUUUCCCCGAUAACUUUGUUAUGGUAGUUGCUGAGGCUGACAUGAAUCAAGCUUAUUCUUCUGCAGCAGUUCGAUCAGAGAAAGGAAGAAGGUGUCGAGCAUUGUUUAGUUAUGCUCCAUCACAUGAAGAUGAAUUGGAACUUCUGGUUGGGGAUGAGAUUCAUUUUCUUGGAGAGGUUGAAGAAGGUUGGUGGAGAGGAAAGCUAAAUGGAAAGAUCGGGGUUUUCCCAUCCAAUUUUGUUGUCAUAGAAGAUCCGCCAACCAGCACAACUAUCCAUGCUCCAAAGGGACCGACCACCAAUCCCUUGACUAUUUCGUCGGAUAUUGCUCCUGAACUACCUCCCAAGCCCCUCAGAGAAAUUGCAAGAGUUUUGUUUCCAUAUUCCUCCAUGCAGCCUGAUGAACUGGAGCUUCGAGAAGGAGACUUGGUGAUUAUACAUAGCAAAGACUGUGAAGAUAAAGGGUGGUGGAAGGGAGAGGUCAACAAUAAAAUUGGUGUGUUUCCUGAUAACUUUGUUGAAGUGAUACCUCAUAAUUCUAGUAGUGGUACAAUGGGGAAGUCUGUGUACCCAACGCUCAACGUUUUACCUUCAACUGGAACAGCCAAGACGCCACAAAUUCGCGGGGUUCCGAAGGAUGAAAGUACAGUCCCACCUCCAUCCACUAAUAUUGAUUCAGUCCCGCUUAAUAUAUCUUCGAGUUUAUCAGGAAACACUGUGGAGAAUCCAAAUUCUCUGAGUGAUGAACAGAAAUUGCAGCAAGUUGAAGCUGAUAUUCUAAAUGCCAUUACGCCAACGGAAUCGCUUCCCCAUAUCACAGCAUCCAGAGCCCGUCCAACAAAAAGUCGAAGGCCACCGUCAGCCUUAUUAUUUAAGGAUGUUGAAAAUGAGGAUGCAAAUGGAGGCCUUCCCAUUCCAUCAGCGAUUCGUGGAUUGAGUGCCCCAACAGAAGAAUUGGAGCAAAGUACUCCAGGUUCACUAGUUGAGCAGCAGCAGCGCCCAAUGACAAAGAUGCGGAAUUCGUCCAUAAAACCGCCUUGGAUGGAAGAGCUAAAACGAAAUCAGGAAAAGAAGGAAAAAGGUUCUAUUAUCACCAGUACCAACAGUAUUCAUGAAAAACCUUCUGUUCUUCCAGUUAAACCCAUAAUUCCUAAAUCCACCAUCAUUUCUACGGAUGUGCCAACUAAUAGUCAAUCACACACGCAAUCAGAAACGAAUUCUGUUACGUAUUCGAAAGAGCCAAUCCCACAAAAAGUGGGACCGAAAAAUGUUACCGCCAAAUUCGAACAAUUGUCUUCAGUUCCGGGGAUUCCCGAUGGCCCGCCUCCAAAAUCGUCUGGGAAUGUAACAGGGCCUGUAAAUUUAUCAUCCUUGUUACCCGUCGAAAAAACUAUUCACAAGGAACCAACUCUCCCUUCUGUGCCACCAUUCCGCGAAGAAAAAAAAACUUUACCAGAAACUGGGGCAUCGGUGCUGUUUAAAGAAUACCCAGAAGCCAACUCAAGUACCCUUGGAACUGGGAAUGCGAUGAAGCAAACUCUGCCGUCACUACAUCCUUCCAACGGUCCAGCAGUAAAACAACCUGUGUCUUCGCCAAACCAUCAUCCAGCCAACCUGAACGAAGUUGCACAGUUAAACCAUUCAGAUUAUAUAGUUAAACAGGAGUUACACUCUCUCCUCCUUCGCGUGGCUUCCCUGGAAGCAACAGUCUUAAAUCUUCAAAUGGAACUUUUGCAACUAAAAAAUGCACCUGUCAAAGAACAUAAGUGUCGGUGCAUGCAAGAAGUUACCAGCACUGAAACGUCUAUGGUCCAUAUUUAAAACUAAAUGGCAAGUCCUAUUUUAAACCUUUUACCCUUUUACUUAAAAAUACGAAAUGUGUAUCGUAAUGUAGUACUGUAAAAAUUGAUUGCUUGAAUUCAAUCAUUAUCUAUUUUUAAGUAGACAUUCCAAUCUCUCAGUCAAAGUUAGUCACGUGACAUUAUUCAACACAUUCGUACUUCUCGAGUUGACGCAAGCAUAUAGACUUGCCAUAUCCGUUUUUUUUUAAUGGCUACGUAUUGGUCCACAGUCAGGGACUGUGUUACUUGUCUGCAAGUAAUGGAGGCUUAUUCAUUUUACCUGGGGAAACAGGACCAGCCAAUAGAUCUCCAUUCUUCCAAAAACGAAAGUAGUGACAACCUUGCUUGUAUCCACAAAAUUUCCGGUGCUGAAAUUUAAUUCUGAACAAUUAAAAAAGUUGUGUAUCGCGUUACAUCGAAUUUUUAUGUUGUACCUUUUUCGUAACAGUUACAUAACGCCACCGCAGUGAUCACGUCGAUGGGUCUUUGCGGAAAUGCGUUAAGUAUCUGUGCUAUUAUACGAACCUUAUGCAUACGAACCUGUUCAGUCUUGACAUAUUCCUCCUGAACAAACAGUUGAGUAGCGUACUUGCGUGCCUUCGAAAUUUCUGUAGCUUGUUGUAAAUAUGUUGCCUCAAAAUUUAAAUUUCAGUAGGUUAAUUCGAAUAGUUAAGAUUACAACAAUCAUUCUGUAUUUAAUUAUAAGUAGUGCCAACAAUAUAAAGCCGAAAUUUU